AUGAUCCUCCCUACGCUCCUGCGAACCGCUCGUCGUCAGAAUAGGGCCCUCUCCACCGUCCAGCAGUCUGCGGGUCUACGCGCCUUUUCCACACCCGCGCGCAACCCCGCCCACGCCUCCUGGACGGAAGAUGACAAAGCUUACUUCCAGCAGCUACUCAAACCCGAGAGCGUGCUCACCGACGCGGAUGACACCGAGACCUACACGGUGGACUGGCUUAAGAAGUACAAGGCACAGAGCAACCACCAGAUGGUGCUUAAACCCAAGACCACAGAGCAAGUUUCAGCCAUCCUCAAAUACUGCAACGAGCGUAACCUGCCAGUUGUGCCACAGGGAGGCAACACGGGUCUCGUGGGAGGCAGCGUGCCGGUUUACGACGAGAUCGUGCUAUCCACGAGCUCAAUGAACAGCGUGAUCUCGUUUGACGAGGUGUCGGGCAUUUUGGUGUGUGAGGCUGGCUGUAUCCUGGAGAACCUGGACAACUACGUAGCCAAGCACGGCUACAUGAUGCCGCUGGAUCUUGGAGCCAAAGGAACGUGUCAAAUUGGUGGCAAUGUCGCGACCAAUGCUGGUGGUCUUCGACUGCUAAGUGAUCGACUGCCUCAGCACGAUGCGCAAGGACAACACGGGCUACGACUUGAAGCAGUUGUUCAUCGGCUCUGA